AAUUCAAAUAUAAAAUUUACGCAAAAACUAUUAGGUUCAUCUAAAUCAAUAAAAAUUACUCUACCUCCAUCUAUGCCACUAGAAAUGACUCAUAAAUAAGGUAAGUUUAUCAAAUCGAUAUAAUUUGUGAACAAUUUAAACACAAAUCGAAAGAAAAUGGUGUUUACGAUCAUGAUCUUCACGAAGUUAUUAGUAUAUUGCAAAUAAUAGCAACCUACUGAUGCUAUUAGUCAAAUCAUCCAUUUUUUAGCAAUCGACGUUAUCCAUACGUUUCAUGUGUGUUUUCCGGAUCACUUUUCCCGGGUCGGAUAAAUAUGGAGUAUUAGUUUUCCCGGUUUUGGAUCAGAAUCAGAAAGAGGACACAAUAGAUAGAGAGAGAGAGAGAAGGAGAAGAAGGAGCUAUAGUGGUUGUCAAUGGCGGCAGCCUUCUCCUCCUUCUCCCUCUCCAAUUCUCCUCUUACUAUUAAACCUUUCAAACGCCUAUCUAGUUCUCCCUCACUCUCUUUUCUUCACCUUUACUCCACCAAAAUUCCCAACAAGUCGUUAACCUUAAGAACUUCCACGAUUGUUGCUUCUUCCUUCGAUGGUUUCAGUACCAGCAAUCACAGUUCUCAAUCAAAGAAAUCAGUCCUCUCAAAUUUGAUACAAGAGAUAGAGCCUUUGGAUGUGAGCCUUAUUCAAAAAGAUGUACCACCCACAACAAUUGAUGCAAUGAAAAGAACCAUAUCAGGCAUGUUGGGCCUGCUUCCAUCGGACCAAUUUCAAGUUCUAAUUGAAGCUUUGUGGGAACCAAUCUCCAAGCUUUUGAUCUCGUCAAUGAUGACUGGGUAUACACUUCGAAAUGCUGAGUACAGGCUUUGUCUUGAAAAGAACCUUGAAAUAUAUGAUGGAAACAUUGGUAGACAAAAGCCUGAAGAUUCUAUAGUUGGAGAUGAAACAUUGUUGAAGGAGAAUAUAUCGAGCAAAAAAUCAGAACCUAAACAACCAACAUCAGAAGGAAAGAGUGAACUUUCAUCUGAUAUUCCAGACGUUGGUAAAAUGACCCCUGAAGCUCAGCAAUACAUAUUAGACCUACAGUCUCGCUUAGCAUCUUACAAAAAGGAACUCUGUGAAGUUAAGACGAAAAGUGCAGCACUUCAGAUGCAACAAUUUGUAGGUGAGGAGAAGAAUGAGUUAUUGGACUACUUGAGAUCAUUGCUUCCGGAGAAGGUUGCUGAGCUAUCAGAACCAACAUCCUUGGAAGUAAAGGAGACCAUCCAUUCAGUAGUUCAUGGACUACUUGCAACUCUAUCCCCUAGAAUGCAUUCUAAGGCCCCCGAUUUAUCAGAUAAUGCUUCUGCAGGAACUGUAAAUGUUGGAGCUGAAGAUUCCAUAGAUCUUGUUGAGAACACGUCCAUUAACUUCCAGCCUCAGAUAUCAUUGACUCGAGACUAUUUGGCUCGUCUGCUAUUUUGGUGCAUGCUGUUGGGGCACUACCUUAGAGGUCUAGAAUAUCGGGUGGAGCUUACUGAACUGUUGUCCUUGCCAUGUGGCUUAGAGAGCAAAGGCUUGAGCAAUUAGCAAGUUGAUAAAGUGGCCGAGAAAAGCAUCAAUAAGCAAGUUGAUUGUGAGCUCUUCUCUUAUUUUACUUGGCUGACUCUGUAAAUAGGCGAGUUUGGUUGACUAGUGUGCUGGAUAAUACGGUUCUGCAAAUGCUAGUAGGCGAUUCUGUAAUUAUUUGAUGGGAUAUAAAGACUGGCCGUUGUUUCUAGUCUGUCAAGUAUGUCUACUCCUGUUAUUUGGAUUUACAAAUGCAUGUUUGGAGUCUGUUGAUGGAAUAUAAAAUAUGUAACUUGAUGUAUGACUAGGUGAGUAUUUUAAGGCUGCACUAAUGCUAAAAUGUUCAGGAUGUGCUGUUCAGAACUCAUUUUUAUAACCAGAUAAGAAUAAUCACUUAUAUUUAUUACUA